AUGUGUUACGCGCAGGGUAGUGAUGAUAACGAUGAAAGUUCUGAUAAAAGCAAUAGUUAUACAAAGCUAUUUUUUGACAAUGGACUAGUCGAUGAGAAACAGAAGUUGGCGACUUUCUACAAUCCAGGGGAAGUCCCGGGUAUUUAUGACGAGUUGCAGGAACAACAACCCUCAUUGAACAGAAGAAUAUCGAUAGCUAACGGACAAAUAUCCCAAUUGAAUAGGGAAGUCGAGAGCCCUCCGAUUUUACAACCUCAGCAACAGCCAGCGCAGCAGCCAGCACAACAGCCAGUACUACAGCCAGUACUACAGCCAGUGCAGCAGCAACAACCUCCAAAAUUGUCCACACAAAACCCUCCACAGCAGUCUGUACUGCUCUGGCAACCUCCAGCGAUGCAACGAUACUCGUCUCAAGGUCAACCUCAGGAACACGUGGCAAUGCAGAGUUCUGCGUCGUUGGGGAUGUGGCAGUUGAACGAGGAAUGGAAAAGAUACAAAGCGCUGGAACGAAAUAGAUUGUCCGCAUCGAAGUCUCGUCAACGGAAGAAGGCCAAAGAGGAGCAGUUGAUGACCAAAUUCAACCACAUCAAAACGGAGAACAGGAAAUUGCGCGCGAAAGUGGUCAAAUGCGAGAGACUGUUCGUAAAACUGAACAAAUUUGUCAGUAUGCAUUGUAAUGACUCGCAACAUAACGAGGAAUUGCAAAAACUAAAACUGUUUCAAGAUAUGCUGAAUAUCGAAUUUGGUAUUGCGGAGACAGACCCGAAAUCUGGGAUAGUCAUCAGGCUGGAUGAGGACCAGAUCUCUUCCGAAUCCAUUACAAGUUCAGAUUAA